AUGAGGCAAUGGUUUGCUUUUCGCCUUCACGAGCGUAAGAAUGAAUCUCAUUCUCUCCUACAUUCUAGAAGGCUAUUUCAGCAGUUUGUGGUGGAUGCCUUCACCACAAUUGAGUCUAAUCGUUUAAGAUAUUUGAAGAUGAACCAGCCGUCUUUGCGAUCAGAUAGCUAUGAUUCUAUUAAAGAGUCUGAGAACGCAGGAAAAGAGGAUAUGAAUGAGCAAGGAACUGAGUUUACAUUACCAGCUUCAUUCGUAGGGAGUCCUAGAUAUAUGAAGAAUUGUUACUUGGAUGCUAUGGCAAUAUGUAAGCAUUUUGGAUUCCCUGAUUUUUUCAUCACUUUCACAUGUAAUCCCAAAUGGCCAGAGAUCACAAGAUAUGUUAAGGCAAGGAAACAAAAGGCUGAAGACAGAUCAGACAUUAUCUGUAGGAUUUUCAAGAUCAAACUUGAUUCUUUGAUGGCUAUGUACACUGUUGAGUUCCAGAAACGGGGUUUGCCACAUGCUCACAUUCUCUUAUUCAUGAAGAAGUUAAAGAAGCCUACAACAGCCGAUAUUGACGACAUUAUUUCUGCAGAGAUUCCUAACAAGAAGGAAGAACCAGAACUGUAUGAGGUCAUUAAAGAUAUGAUGAUUCAUGGUCCAUGUGGAAGAGCUAAUACCAAUUCUCCAUGUAUGGAGAAUGGUCGUUGCUCUAAGUCAUAUCCUAAAUCAUUUUCUGAGAAGACCACUAUUAACAAAGAAGGUUUUCCGGUUUACAAGAGGCGUGAGCAGUCACAGAACUUUGUUAUGAAGAGUGGAGUGAGGUGUGACAAUCGGCAUGUCAUUCCUUACAACCGGAAGUUAUCUCUUCUAUACAGAGCUCAUAUCAACGUCGAGUGGUGCAACCAAGUUGGGUCUAUAAAGUAUUUAUUCAAAUACAUUAAUAAAGCACAGGACCGCGUCACAGUUGCCGUUGAACCACCAGACAACAUUGUUGCAAGUGAGUUAGGAGAUGUUGAGAUUACUAAAGAGAAUCUUGAUAAGAAAAGAAAUGAACUCAAGGAAUUCUUCGAUUGCAGAUACGUGUCAACAUGUGAAGGAACAUGGAGAGUAUUCAAAUUUCCUAUUCACUAUCGAUCAACUGCUGUUGAGAAGCUUAGUUUCCAUCUCCCUGGAAAGCAAGUUAUUACAUUCAGAGGGAAAGACAAAUUGAAAGCAGUUGUCACUCGAAAGCUCAUUGAAAAUACAAUGUUCUUAGCUUGGUUUGAGUUGAACAAGACUGACUCCUUCGCAAGAACAUUGACCUAUGCUCAGAUCCCAAGCUUCUAUACUUACAAUAAAAGGUUAAAGAAGUUCAACAGGAGGAAACGGGGAUUUGCUUUGGGGAGGAUUAACUAUGCUCCUAGGACCCAAGAAGAUGCUUAUUACUUGCGUGUAUUGUUGAAUGUUGUCAGGGGACCCACGAGUUAUGAGGACAUUAAAACAUACCAAGAUGUUCUCUAUCCGAGCUACAAAGAAGCAUGUUAUGCUCGUGGGUUAUUAGAUGAUGAUCAGGAGUACAUUGAUGACAUAGUAAGAAGAAGUUUUGAGAGCACAGCAAGUGAGCUACGGAAAGUGUUUGUUAUGAUGCUUAUGAGUAACACUUUAUCUAAGCCUAAGUCAGUAUGGGAAAACACUUGGAUGUUUUUAUCUGAAGAUAUUGAGCACUCUAGGAGAAGGAAUUUUAAUAGACCAGGUAUGUUUUUAGAUUUUAAACUUGAUUGUUCAAUUUAG